CUCAAACCACCAACCCCCCCCAACAAAAACCCUUGCCACCAUCAUCAAAAUCUCAAAAUCAAUAUGCCUACUCAAUCCAUCUCCCUCUCAUCACCUACUCUUCUUCUAUCUCCGCGAUCUAGUUUCCUGUCCUCCAAAACAACAAUUUUUACAUUUCCCAAAUUGCCACUAACCCAUUUCAGAAAUCCCUUUCCGGUUCUCUUCUGCGCUUCUCCUAAAUCCACUCAGCGACAGCAACAAGAAGAAGAAAUUCUGCAGUUGAUAGCGGAGUCUAAUGAAAAGACCCUCCCUUGCGUGAGAACCUUCGAGAACGACUUGGCUCGUCUCAGCUUAGUUGGCGGCGUCGGCUUCGAGCAAGCUCUAACUGCAGCUGCAGCCGAUGGAGGACAAGCGGCUGCUGAACAUAUCAAUUCCGGCAUCAGUGCCAUGGUCGUUGAGACAGUGUUCCCUGGCCCAGGGGACGAGCACGCCACCAUCUCUACCCGACUGUUUUUACCUGCUAAGAAAGUUAAAGAGAAAGCGGGGAGACUGAAAAAAUCUUACGCUAAAGACAUUCUAUCUGGGACUACAUCGCAAAACAUACUGGCCAUGACAUUUAGACAAGUUGUUCUACAAAAGCUGUGGAACUUUGAACUCGUUGUGUUUAGGCCUGGCACAGAAAGAAAUAUAGAGGAUCUUGAAAACCCCAGAGAGCAGGUUCCUGCAUCUUUCUUUAUCAGCUCGUCAGAUGAACAAGUUAUCUCUGUGCUUGCAGAAGCUGUUUGCGUAGCUGCUCUUCAACACACUGAAAAGCAUUUUCUUGAUGAUUUUUUUGGGAAAAAUUCUAGUGGUGUCUUCAGUUGGUUUCAGAAGCCAAAAAAGAUUAUGUCCAACGACUCUUCUGUUAUCAUUUACAAGUUCUUUGAAGAUGAAAUAGUAGAAAAUGCGAAGAGUUUGCUGGAAAAUUUUAAUUCAGCCAAGGAAAGCUUUAAGGGAACAAAAAUGAGGUCCAAAUACAAUUGGUGGACACCAGUCGCACACUCAAAGUUGAAAAAAAUUGGUGGCCCUGAGUUCUGUGCUUGGACAAGUGAGUAUGUACCAUCUUACAAGCUACAAAUUAAUACUGAUAAACUUAAGGAUAUAAAAUUUGAAGGCUGGAGAAGAUCUGCAGACAAUAGGUGGGAAGUUCUUUUGACCCACUCCCAAAUGGCUGGAUUGGCUGAAACACUAGAUAUGUACUAUGAGGAUAUUUACUCAUUGCCUGAUAAAGAGCUAUCAUGUCAUUCCACUACAAAAUUUACCAACUUUUCCAGCAAAAAGGUGAGAUCUUCUUUGCUCAAAAUCUUGUCAGUUGGCCUUGCAACUGGAAUUUUUCUUGUUGCCAUCAGUGCCCUGGGUCAUAUUUUUUUCCCUCUUCUACGUAAAGGAGAAAUUUACACUCAACAGUUGGGUUCUCCUCCAUCAUCUGAAAUUGAGUAUGCAAUAAAUGAAUCUCUGGACAAUGAAAAGUUGCAAGAAUUUUGCGUUCUGGUUGUCAAAAAGAUUAAGGAUGGAUGUGGCUGGCCUGGUGAUGUAAUAACAGAAGAGAAUAAUGGUGCUUGGAUUGGUGAAGUUCCAAAAUACUUGAAAAUGAUGGACAAAUCUGAUUCCAAUAUCGAAGAAAAUUCAACUUCUGCUUCCUCAGAGAAAAUAGAUGAAGAUAUAAAAUCAGCUGCACAAGAUAUUGCUAGUUAUCAGGUUGUUUUGUCAACUGAUGGUAAAAUAAUUGGGUUCCAACCGACAAGCCGAAUAGGUGUGAAUCAUUGGGCGUCCAAUCCAUUAGCAAAGGAGCUGUAUGGUGGACGAAAGCUAUCCCCUGGUAUCUUCGAACCUGGCCACAAGAUCCGACUUCCAAAGGAGAUAGUUGUAAUAGAGCUAUUGAUGUCAGCUAAUUUUGAUGCCUGCUUUGUAUUGGCAAGGCCAGCUCGAUGACACUCCAUUGCUCUUUGCAUGUAUACAUCUCUUUUGCGCUGCUUUUGACACUCCAUCAAGUUAGGUCAAGAAGGAGAAAUUCAGAUUGCGAGAUCAGAUAAUUACAUGAGCAUAUUAUAAGAAUUUUAUG